AUGGAUGUUCACGCAGCUCGCGAGUGGCUGGAGUUCCUGCGCACUUGCUAUCCGAUCUUUCUUCUGGUCCUUUUCCUGGUGGCUUUUAUCAUCCACGCCGCCAUCUCUGCGAAGAAAGCCAGCAAGCAUGAUUCGCAACGAAUGGGGCCUGGAGGCCGUCCGCUUCCCAAACGAUCAAGGAGCCCGUCUACGUUUCGACCACAGGGGUUCUCGCAGAAUGUCAAGCGGCUGUUCAACUGGCUCUCCGCGGGAGUGCUUCUCACGUUUCUUGCUGAUGCCGCCAUCUACUUGACCCAUGUGAUGUUCGCCAGGUCGGAGAAUUGGUGGCGAGGGCAGUCCGCAGUGAUCUAUAUCGUCGGCUCGUUCUUUGUCUAUGCAGUCAUACUGAUGACCUUACUCGACACCUCCCCUUCCCCCACGCUCGCUCAAUUCGUCUGUUGGUCGGUCGCGAUUCCGUUCGAACUGGUCAUCCUCAGCACAUCCCUAUCCAUCUAUACCUCAAUUCACCAUGAACCGACUGUCGGAGACCCCGAAGGUGGCCGACUCCGCCGAAGCAUUACAACCUGGGAAUCCAUGGAAGUGGUCUCGGGUAGUGUCCGCAUCUCGCUCUUGCUGUCUCUCGUUUUACUGUACGGGUGCAAAUCGAUCAGCUCGAAGACCCACGAGAAGAAGGCUAGCCAGCACGCGAAUGGCGUCACCGAGGCUACCGGACUCUUAGAUCCCUCUGCCACGGAAAAUGGCAAUGGAACCGCCAACGGCCACACCUACGGCGCAACAAACGGCGCCCCUCGAACCGAGUCCUCUAAGCCCGCCGACCCAUGGGUGCGUCCCACGACAAUGCCAUCUACCAGCUGGUGGGAGUAUCUCAGUGGGUACUCACUCUUUUUCCCCUACUUGUGGCCAUCCAAGUCACGCCGCCUGCAGCUGGUCGUCUUGGCCUGUUUUGGUCUGCUCCUUCUCCAGCGAGUGGUGAACGUACUGGUGCCCUACCAGGUCGGCGUGAUUACCGAUAUGUUGUCUGAAGGAGGAGAGGGCGACACCUUGCGAGUGCCAUGGUUUGAGAUCUGCAUGUACGUGAUCUACCGGUGGCUGCAGGGCGGGCAGGGCUUGCUCAGUUCUCUGCGCUCCAGCCUCUGGAUCCCCGUGAGCCAGUACUCGUACAUGGAACUCUCUACUGCCGCCUUUGAACAUGUCCACGGUCUUAGCUUGGACUUCCAUCUGGGCAAGAAGACGGGUGAGGUGCUCUCUGCUUUAAGCAAGGGCAGCUCUAUCAAUACAUUCCUGGAACAGGUUACUUUCCAGGUUGUGCCCAUGCUGAUUGAUCUCGGCAUUGCGGUUGGGUAUUUCCUCAUUGCGUUUGACGCUUACUACGCCCUAGUGGUUGGUAUCUCCACCUUUGGCUACCUCUACGUCACCGUCCGGAUGGCUCAGUGGAGGGCGGAAAUCCGACGGCAGAUGGUCAAUGCCUCCAGGCAAGAAGAUGCUGUGAAGAAUGACUCGAUGGUGUCAUACGAGACAGUCAAGUAUUUCAAUGCGGAACAAUACGAAUUCAACCGCUACCGAGACGCUGUGGGCGACUUCCAGAAGGCCGAAUACCAUGUCCUCUUUUCCUUGACGCUGCUGAACACUUGCCAGAACACUGUGUUUAUGCUCGGUCUUCUCAUCACGUGCUUCAUUGCCGCGUACCAAGUCACCACCGGCCAGCGUCCCGUGGGUCGGUUUGUGUCUUUGUUGGCAUACAUGGUCCAGCUGCAGGGACCAUUGAAUUUCUUCGGCACCUUCUACCGCUCCAUCCAGUCGGCCUUGAUUAAUGCUGAGCGCCUGUUGGAACUCUUCCGCGAGCAGCCGACGGUGGUUGACAGCCCUUAUGCGACUCCAUUGGCCAUGUGCAAGGGUGACAUCCGUUUUGAAGACGUCGAGUUUGCGUAUGAUGCACGAAAACCGGCAUUAAAUGGCUUGACUUUCCGCUGUGAGCCCGGAACAACCACUGCCCUGGUUGGGGAAUCGGGCGGAGGCAAAUCAACCGUCUUCCGCCUCCUCUUUCGCUUCUACGACGCUGAGAGAGGGUGUAUUCGUAUUGAUGGGCACGAUGUUCAAGAUAUCACGAUCGACUCGGUCCGCAAACACAUCGGUGUUGUGCCUCAGGAUACGGUGCUCUUUAACGAGACCUUGAUGUACAACCUGAAGUACGCCAACCAGGACGCCACCGACGAAGAUGUCUACGCGGCCUGCCGUGCUGCCAGCAUCCAUGACAAGAUCUUGGCCUUCCCCGACGGCUAUGACACCAAGGUUGGCGAGCGUGGUCUGCGGCUGAGUGGUGGUGAGAAACAGCGUGUGGCGAUUGCUCGGACGAUCAUCAAAAAUCCCCGUAUUAUUCUGUUGGACGAAGCAACUGCGGCCCUAGAUACCGACACGGAAGAGCAUAUCCAGCAUGCGUUGUCCACCUUGUCACAUGGCCGGACCAUGCUCGUUAUUGCUCAUCGACUCAGCACCAUCACCACCGCUGAUCGCAUCUUGGUUCUGUCAGAGGGACAGGUGGCUGAGAGUGGCACCCACGAGGAGCUUUUGGCCAUGAAGGGUCGCUAUGCGAGCAUGUGGCGGAAGCAAAUCCGAGCUCAGAAGGCGGCGGCCGAAGCGCAAGUCCUGCAAGACCGCGCUGAGCGUAUUCGAACUGCAACCACCAGCGAUGACAGCUCCAGCCAAUCGGACGAGGAUCGGAAUGGCACUGGUCGACCAUCCAACUAG